AGCUAAAAUCAAAAGCGACUCUUGAAAGCGUGAAGCUUCAGAAGAAAAUGAACCCGUCUUAUCCUCAGGGUAAUUUUUUCUGCGGCUGUUUAAAGCUGUUACAGAAGAAUGGUCAGCUGUCUGCCGUCAAUGGCUUGGAGGAGGAGAUCAGCCUCCAGGAGGACACCCUGCAUGGCGAGGAAGAAGCAGUCGUCAUCACAGAGGUUGGACAGAGAGAGUCUGAAGAUGUGAGUGAAAGAGACUCAGAUGUAAAGAUGGCAACUAGCUCAGCAGUUGUUGAAGACAUGGCCAAGGAUGGGCAGGAGGAGCUGCCUGAGAUAAUUGAACAGAUUCCUUCUUCGGAAAGUAAUUUAGAGGAGUUAACCCAACCUGCGGAGUCUCAGUCUAGUGAUGUUGGAUUUAAGAAAGUGUUCAAGUUUGUUGGCUUUAAAUUCACUGUGAAAAAGGAUAAGACGGAGAAGUCUGACACAGUCCAACUCCUCACUGUCAAAAAAGAUGAAGGGGAGGGCGCGGGGGAACCAAAUGGGGCUGGCGACCACCAGGACCCCGGCUGUGAGGCCGCAGAAGCAACACCCAAGGAAAGUGAGCUAAAGCAGUCCACAGAGCAAGCCGAGGAGACGCCGAAACUUGAGCAGAACAACGCAGAAGCAUCUCCUCAGGCCGAAUCUGAGCAAGCGGAAGAGGAGAGCAAAGAUGAAGAAGAAAAGCAAGAACCGACCAAAUCUCCAGAAUCUCCUACCAGCCCACUGGCCAGUGAGACAGCGUCGCCCUUCAAAAAGCUCUUCACGCAGGGUUGGGCAGGCUGGCGCAAAAAGACCAGUUUCAGAAAGCCCAAGGAGGAAGAACUGAAAGCUUCAGAGAAGAAAAAGGAACGAGAGCCCGAGAAAGCGGACUCGGAAGAAAAUGAAAAGCCAGAAGCCACCUGUGAGAAGCAGGGUGCCCCUGAACCGCCGCACCCCCAGGCCACGGAGGGCGAGAGCGGGGCCAGGCUGUCCGCAGAGUAUGAGAAGGUGGAGCUGCCCACCGAAUACCAAGUGCAGGGGGGCUCUGAAGAGAAGACUGCCCCUUUGGCAACAGAAGUGUUUGAUGAAAAAGUGGAGAUCGUUGCGGAAGUCCAUGUCAACACCGUGGAGGGGAAAAUGGAGGAGCAGGAAAAGGAGGGGGCAGGAGAAGCCGCAGAGUCUCUGCCCACUGAAAAGGAGGCAGACGCCAGCACCCAGGCUGAGGCGGCUGAAUCCCACGAGGAGCUGGUGAAGCCCCAAGAAGUGGGCGCCGUGGCAGGGGACCCCCUCCAGCCUCCGGAGCUCGGUCCUGAGGAGAAAGUCUUGUCUGUUCACCCCGAAGGCAUUGUCAGCGAGGUGGAGAUCCUGUCGUCUCAGGAGAGAAUCAAGGUGCAAGGGAGCCCUUUAAAGAAGCUUUUCACUAGCUCGGGCCUCAAAAAGCUUUCUGGAAAGAAACUGAAAGGGAAAAGAGGAGCAGGCGGGGGGGAUGAAGAGUCGGGGGAGCUUCAGCCUGGGGCCGCAGAAUCUCCAGACAGCACAGAUGAACAGAAGGGUGACAGUUCAGCCUCGUCCCCCGAGGAGCCCGAGGAGCCCGCGUGUGUGGAGAAGGGCCUGGGUGAGGCGCCGCCGGAGGCCGACCUUGAAGAAGGAGUCACUUCUGAUGGAGAAAAAAAGAGAGAAGGCAUCACCCCAUGGGCAUCUUUCAAAAAGAUGGUGACGCCCAAGAAGCGUGUUAGGAGGCCUUCUGAGAGUGACAAGGAGGAUGAACUGGACAAGGUGAAGAGCGCCACCUUGUCUUCCACAGAGAGCGCAACCUCUGAAAUGCAAGACGAGGGCAGAGGAAGUGGAGAGGAGCAGAGGCCCGAAGAGCCCAGGCGCAAGGUGGACACCUCCGUCUCCUGGGAGGCUUUAAUUUGUGUGGGAUCGUCCAAGAAGAGGGCAAGAAAAGGGUCCUCUUCUGAUGAGGAGGGGCCCCCCAAAACCACAGGAGGCGACGGCCAAAAAGCCGACGAAGGCGGAAAAGACAGAGAGGCCGGCGCAGACCCCGGUCCUGCCAGUGCCCAGGAACAUGACCAGGCGGCUGCGGGCUCCUCCCCGGAGCCAGCCGGGAGCCCUUCUGAAGGGGAAGGCGUGUCCACCUGGGAGUCCUUCAAAAGGCUGGUGACGGCCAGGAAGAAGUCCAAGUCGAAACUGGAAGAGAAAAACGAAGAGUCUGUCACAGGCUCUGGGGCCGAACACCCCGCCUCCGAGGCUGAACCCGGCAGAGAGGAGUCUUGGGUUUCCAUCAAGAAGUUGAUUCCUGGACGGAGGAAGAAAAGGCCAGAUGGGAAACAAGAACAGGCCACCGCGGGGGACCCAGGCCCCGCAGAGGCCAACGAGGACGAUCCGGACGUCCCCGCCGUCGUCCCUCUGUCAGAGUACGAUGCCGUCGAGAGGGAGAAGAUGGAAGCUCAGCAAGCCCAGAAGAGCGAGGGCAGGCCAGAGCCCCAGGCCGCGGCUGAGGUAGACGACCUGGCGCGCACAGCGCCCCCGGCUGUGGUGGAUGGCGCCAGGUCGCUGACUGACGUGGAGGAGAGAUCUCCUUCCUGGAUAUCCGCUUCCGUGGCCGGGCCCCUCGAACAAGGGGGGGGCGAAGUCACAGUGCCCACUGGGGAGGCGGCCGUCCAGCAGGCCCGGGUGGCGGCCACGCCCGAGGGCAGGGACGCCAGCGACGACACGCUGGUGAGCGAGGUGGCGUCGGAGCUGACUUCUGAAGCAGUGACAGCAGCAGAAACGACGGGGGCGUUUUGCGCCGAAGAGGCGGCCGAAGUCUCUGGCGCUGAAGAGACCACAGAUAUGGUUUCGGCCGUCUCCCAGCUCACCGAGUCUCCCGACACCACGGAGGAAGCCACCCCUGUCCAGGAGGCGGAGGGCGGCGGGCCUGACCAAGAAGACCUGGCGCGGCGGACCCGGGAGGUCCUGCAGGCCGUGGCGGAGAAGGUGGGGGAGGAGGCGGGGCUGCCCGACGGCCGGGCGCUGGCCGGCAGGGUGCGCGCGGCGCACAAGGCCGAACCGGAGAUCGCAGAAGAGGCGGAGGAAGCUGAAGAGGAGGCUGGGGCACCAGAUCUGAAGAAAGAGGUGGAGGAGGUGUCGAAAGUACAAGUUCAGGAAACCAAGGAGUUGACACAAGGAGAGGUCACGGUCCAUGCUGCCCCCGAAAGCUCUGGGAUCAUCCCUCAAGACACGGAGAGUGUGACGUCCAGCGAGCUCACAGCCCCUCAUGAAGCUGAAACCUCGGUUGGGGUCAAAUCAGAACAAACCGUUGCCCCUGAUUCGGCCGAAACCCUCACAGACAGCGAGAGUCCUGGAAGCACCCCUGUGGCCGAUUGUGAGUCAACGCAACACAAGAUCGGGCAUGAGGUCGGUGACGAUGGGGUGGCGUCCUCCGGCCAGCAGCCACGAGUCCCAGAAACGCAGACAGGGACGCCGCCAGCACCUUCCGGCUCUCCACCCGGGGAGGAGGACAUGGAACAUUCAGAGGAGAAGGUGGUUUUGGAACACACGGCUGCAGUGGCCUCCGGGGAAAUGGCACCGGUCCUCUCAAAGACCGAGGCAAGUCAAGAAGUUGGUGAGGAACCCAGAGACGGGCCUCCUGUCGAAGGACUUGAAGUGUCUACAGACGCAGAAGUAACCUUCGUUCAGGAAAGGAGACCUGAAGUUACCCCUGGCGACCAUGUUCCUAAAGACACUGAAUCUGGAAAGGAUGAAGCUGAACUCCACAGUCAAACUGAGGCUGCCCCAGCCCCGGCGGACAGAGGGAUGGCAGGUCAGGUAGAAAAGGAGAAAACCGAAGCGAAAUCUACCCAAGGGAGUGAAGAGAAACCCGAGUGUGACCCCAGUGCCACGUCUGAAGAGCCCAGGGAGAUCCCGGAUCAGACGGUGAAGGUCAGCAGCACAGAAGGGCCAGUGGGGGAGGCCAGCAGUCUCGAGGAAGGCUCUCCACCCUCGCAAGAGGGACUGAUCUGCACAGAAAUACAGGCUCAGAGCUCGGAGGCAUCACAAACUCUAACUGCUGAUGUGGUAGGAGAGAAGAAGGUCUUAAGAAAAACCGUCAAGAUUUUAGAAACAACUGAAAUUUUGGGAUCUGCAGAGGCACAUUUAGUACUGGAAGAAAAGUCCACCAAAGAUGACGAAGCUCAGCCGGGGGCAGAGGCGUCACCCCCAGGGACUGAAUCUGGGGCAGAGUCUGCACCGGUCACGGUGUCUGCAGCCACCGGAGAAGGUCUCAGCGCCGACCUGGAAGGAGCCCCAGCCACAGCCCAGACACGGGAGUCCGAGCAAGGUCACGAGCCAGGGGUUUGCCGGGAGGUGUUGGGGAGCAUACGCUGGGAGGAAGACACCAAGGCUGAAAAGGAGAUUCUGCAGCUUGAGAGUGAGAGCAGCAGACUGGUAGAAAAUGUGAUUCAGACCGUCGUCGAGCAGUUAGUAAGUACGGAAGAGACAGCCACUGAGUCCCAGACACAGGCCCCCCCAGUGAAAGCUGAACAGCCAGCAGAAAACCAGCCACCUGAGCAGAGAGUCGAGAAAGAAGAGCGCGAGCUGCCAGCCCUCACAAAGAGCGGCACAGAGACCCUCUCCAGCAGAGAGGAGUCGGCACCAGAUCCCUCGGAGCAGGCAUGCUCAGGUAGCGCCAGAGAAGUGAGCGAAGCCGUCGCGGUGGAAAGCCCCCGGGUCGAUGCCCAGCAGCUCGAGGAGGUCCCGCUCCCAUCUGGAGAUGAGAGAGGAGAGCCUGGAUCCAAGUCUGUGCCAGAAGGUGAUGGCGGGGCCGAGUUAGGAGAUAGGAUAGAGAAAGCACCUUGCGACUCCCCGGGAGAGGGGAAAGGUGAUGUGGUCCAUCGCCCCGAGGAGCAGAUGUCAGCUCUGGAAGCCGUGGAACCUUCAGGAGGCUUAAAAGAACCCCUGGAUACAAACGGACCCAAACUGAAAGAGCAGGAAGACAGCCAGGAAGUGUGUCGUGCGUCAGAAGACAUCAGAACACAAACGCAGGAGACACAGAAAGAAGAGAGAGAACCUGCAAAAUCAGAAGUGGCGGAGUCCUAAAGCAGCCUCUAAACUAUACUUGCAAGACCAGAAUGUGAAGACAAGUCAGAGAAGAAAAUGAUGCUGUUGUGGAGGCUCGUAACCAAGAUGAAGAACUUUUGCAGUGGAAGAACAGGCACAUCGACAGACCCGUUCCUGGAGAACCCCGACAAUCCUGAGGCUUCGUCAGGAGCUACAGCCAUUUAACAUGUCCCCUCCCACCCACCCCCAUUUCCCCUUGAUCUAUGUAAUGUUUCUGACUUAGGGUUCUCACUGCUUCACCUGGAACUGGAGUUGGCAAUACCUAGUUCUGCAUCUCAAACUGGAUCUCAUUCUUUGUGUAUUUAUAUGUACGUUUUAAGUAAUCCUCCUCCUGUAUCUAUUGUAUAUUUUUCUCUUAACGUCUAAGCAAAUGCUCAGUAUUUGGAUGGCAGGCGUGGACAAGGGGGCACCGGCCCGGUGAAGCCUCGGGAAGCUUUGAAGCCUCAUUUAGAACUUGUGCCAACAGCUUCCUAGAAAUAACAUUCCUGAUCAGCGAGUCUUACUUUACAAUUUACUGCCGCUUAGAUCUAUCUUUAGUAGCAUUCUGAAAUGGGUCACUCUCUUACUAUGCACAGUGUGCUAAAAAUAAUUUCUUUUUGGUGGUGGGUGGGAGAACAUUCUGAAGGUUCCAUUGUUACUGUGAGAUUUUUCUUUCUAGCCCAGUGGAGGUUGGAAGGAAGUUUUUUUCAGGAGCAGUAGUUUGAAGUCUUUUUCUCCUAUUGUUAUGGUGGUUUGGACACAUGAGUGUGCUUCAUCCCAAGGCAAAGUAGUGAAGUGUUUUUCACUUUAUAAAGGAAAGAAUGGACGGCUUUUUGAUUCUGCCCUCUUGCUGGGUCACACGAACACAGUGAGAACUUGGCCAGGUGGUGUAUAGGUGUUUGGUAGAUUCGGGUUGUGUUCUUGCCAUAUAUGAGCCCGCUCUUUUACGAAGACUCUUGCAUUAUGUUUUUUGGAUAAAUUGUGGUUUGACAACUGAUUGAAAUAAAGUAUUUGCUCCCUCAGAUUUGCUGGCUUUAUUAGUUCCAGGAAGCCUGGCACAUAUGUUUACUGUGUUCUGUUCUGAACACAGAAGCUGAAACUGUGUCUUGGCUCCAGUACCUGGUGUCCCCACUUUACACGGAUUUGAGUCCAUGUCCAGAGAAGCAGCUUCAGAAACAAACCAGAUGCUUCCGUUUGCUGUGCUGAUACAGUACUACCACCUGCUGUUGUCUUUCUGAAAGUACAAAUUACUGGUUUUAAGCAAUGACCGGUGUGUCUACAAAGACUUUUUAAGUAGGCCUAAUAGUAAACAUGCCUUCCUUAACAAGCGGUCUUGGAAGUAUUUUUAAAUGCUGAAAUGAUUUAUGAUUCAUGUGAGUAGGUCAAGGAUUUUGCUAGAACAGUCACCCCAUCCCCUGUGACAUUCCACUUUCUCACACGAGAACUGACCUGCCCUACGAGCUUCUCAACCUGAGAAUAAUGAUUUUAAUACAGCAUUCUAGAAUGACAACACCAGAAAGUUUGCUAUGAAAGCUAGAAAGUAGUUUGCUGAUACCAUCAGAUCGGAUGACAAAAAAAAUGAGCUGUACCAUAAAGACCUCCUGAUAAUAGUGUACGGUAUUAUUAUAGUUGAAAGCAUUAAAUAUCCUUUUAGGAAUUAAAUUUUCAAAUCUAUGAAAGUCACCUUUUAAAAUCCUCAAAUUAAAACAUCAACUCUGAUUUCAGUAUCUUUCCUUUGCCAAUUUGAGACUCAGAAAACCUCCAAGUGCCAGGCUCCAUUUUUGAGCAACUUCAGAGUCUUGGAAAUAACAGCAGCCUGUAAGGAAUUCUGACAGCUGUGGGGCUGGCUGACUUCCUGUCUGUGGCAGGAAGAAGCUUUUGAACAGAUUAGAGAUUGGUGUGCUUCGUAGCAAACAGAUCCUCUGGGCAUUAAUUCCUUCCUGUCACUUCAUCCCAUGUGCGUUCCGGCUUGUGGCCACGCGUGUCAUGUCUGGAACAUGCUGGUCUUCGCGCUUGGUGUUCGUGGUCAUCGCUCUUGGCUCUGCUUUUUGGACAAAGACGUUGGGAGUGCCCUCAAGCUCUCUGUCCGUGAAGCGACUUUGCUUUAUCAACAAGAAUGUUAGGAACAGUUAGCAGUAGCAUGAAAUCUAAUUCUGAAUCAUAGUUCUGAAGCUGCUGUUAACCUACAAGGUACUUAAUAAUCCAGUGCAAAUUGCAGACGGUGGAACAAGUGCCUAAAUUUUGCUAUUUUUUGGCGUUUACUAUGGAGCUAUGUACAAUAGAAAACAAUGCAAGACUUGUAAACUCUCCCCACUUGUAACUGAGGAAUAAAACCUGUUCCCCUUUGUACACAGAUAUUUUGUUCCAUUGUUUUCUCUUGUUGUUUGGAGCGCCAGGUAGUCAAGGGCUGGGCAUUUUGGCUUUCAGUACAAGCUUCAAAUUUAGCAGUUUCCUUUAAUCUGAAACAAUAUUUGAUUCCUAAUUCUGUUCGGGGCAGAUUUUCAUUAACCUAAAUAAAAUGCAAUCUAAUUAAAUGCCAUGGAUUUUC